AUGGAUCACGAGCAUCCUCAAGACCAUGCUCAUGGUCACGCACACGCUCACGGCCACUCCCACGACUCAGAUCCGCCUGCUGCCUCCGACUCUUUCGACGAGGCUGCUCACCAGGCGCAAGUUCAGGCUACGUUUGAUUUGUACCGACGAGCUGCACUCUCAUUGAAUCAACGACGACGGGCGGACUUCUACGCCCUACCGAAGCGGCAUCGGGACUUGCUACCCGACUACAACUCGCUUCUUCGAGAAGUAGACGAGAAGCUGGAAGUCAACGCUGAACUUGUUCAGCGCAUGAUCGAGGCGAACCCGUUCCCGCCGCCCGAGGACGCUGCUCUUAACGCGCCUGCGCCGACCGACGCCGACCAUGAGCGUUUGCGCAGCACCUUGCGACAGUGCGUGCGGGAUUGGAGCGAAACGGGAAGAAACGAGCGCGACACGGCGUAUCAACCGAUCCUCGACUCGCUCACAAGCUGCUUCGCACAGCUGUCGCCGAGCGAAAAAGCGAAUGUCAAGGUUCUCGUGCCCGGCGCAGGUCUCGGUCGGCUGGCGUGGGAGAUAGUAAGGGCGGGCUUCUCCUGCCAGGCAAACGAAUUCUCGUUGCACAUGCUCAUCGCCUCAUCCUUCAUCCUCAAUAACUGCUCGACGCCAAGCGAGUUCACCCUUCACCCGUACCUGCACAGUUUCAGCAACAUUCGUUCGCGGGAAGACCUUCUCCACCCCUGCCUAAUACCCGACGUCGCGCCGAACGACAUUGCCGGCGGUGAAGCGGAGUUCUCCUUCGCGGCAGGCGACUUUCUCGAGGUGUACGGCGAUGCGCCGGGCUCAUGGGACGUCUGCGUGACGUGCUUCUUCCUCGAUACCGCGCGUAACGUCGUCGCGUACCUCGAGACCAUCCACGGCUUGCUCAAGCCAGGCGGCCUCUGGAUCAACCUCGGACCAACUCUGUGGCACUUCGAGGCGGAUCGAGACUCGAGUUCGCUCGAGCUGCCGCUCGAGGACGUCAAGGCACUGGCUCGCAAGAUCGGGUUCGAGCUAUCAGACGAGCGCGAGGUCAAGACGUGCUACACGACCAACCCGCUCUCGAUGCUGCGGCACGAGUACACAGCUGCGUUCUGGACGGCACGCAAGGUGUAG